AUGUGGGUGCAUGCCUGGUGUGUGGCACAGGGAGAGGAGGCGCAAGGACAAGCAGGCAGUGAUGACCAUGCUGCUCACGCACUGCCCCUCCAACCCCCUCACCCACCUCGUACGCCCCUCACCCACCUCGUACGCCCCUCACCCACCGCCUACACGUUCAUUCCACCCUUCACUUCGCAGCAAUACAUUCCCGCUCUUGUUCUUGCUGCUGCUGCUGCUGCUGCUGCUGUUACUACGCGCACGGGCAGCGAGUCACAAGUGUUUGGCAUCUGCCCGGACUCCAGCCAGCUGCUCUUCUACGAGCCACCGCCCGACCCCCUCUCCUCCACAGGCACGGGCAAGCUCGCAGCGUUAGCAGGUGGACGGCGUAGCUUGGCAGUAUCUGUGGAGCGGGCGGUGUGGCAGGGGCACAGGCGACUGGCACUGCGGACGGACCUGGAGGUGAUGCUCGCCUGCUCGCUCUCAUGCCGCCCCCUUGCCACCCCCUUGCCACCCCCUUGCCGCCCCAUUGCCACCCACUUGCCACCCCCCCUUGCCACCCAUGUGCCAACUCCUUGCCGCCCGCUUGCUGGCCCCUUGCCACUGCGUGUGUUGUCACGUCAUCCCUGGCUGAGGCAGCCCUCUCGUCGUCUUUGCAGCAGCCGUGUUGCACAUGUGGCGGAUGGUGCACUCACUCUGCCACGCGCUGCUCUGCCCUGCUCUGACAGUGGCAUCGACAUCUGUGCGCCCGAGGUGCUGUACCUGUACACGGACAACUUUGACUACCAGCACCCCCGACGGGACUUCCUGCGCGGCAUUCUCAAUGAUGACGUGAGCAUCCAUCCUCCCUCGAUCACCUCAUGCAUUGCACCCCCUAUUGCCUCUUCUCUCAUAGCCCCACGUGCACACCAGCAACGGCAGAGCAGCAAAGGAACGGUGGGGGCCUCUGGCCCCCAGGGCGGGCUGAAUUCAUUGGCAGCCCGUGUUGACCCACCAGUCAACGCAUCCAUGGCUGCCCAUGCCAGACUCCCGCCCACACCAACCAAACUGCCCCUCGUGGCAUCUUCGUCUCAUGCUAAUUCUAAUGCUAUGCUGUCACCUCGCUGUGAUAUCAUGGGCAACAAGAUCUUCACGCACGAGAUCAAAUCGCAGUACGCCGCCCGCAUAGACACGCUGCGAGCGUAUGCAGGCGUGUCAAGGGAUGUGCUGCGGCGCUGGGCCUUCCCCCUCGCGCCUGACUGUGCCUUCGGGGCCCACAGCGGCCGCACUGUUGUCACCCGUGGCAACCGGGUCGCACUGUUUGACACUCGUUUCUCUCUCGCUCUCUCUUUCCUGCACUGUCCGCACCCUCUCCUCCCCUCCAUGCCCCCCUGCCCGCCCCCUUCCCCCCAUGCCCCCCUGUCCACCCCCUUCCCCCCCAUGCCGCCCUGUCCGCCCCCUUCCCCCCAUGCCCCCCUGUCCGCCCCCUUACCCCCCAUGCCGCCCUGUCCGGCCCCUUCCCCCCAUGCCCCCCUGUCCGCCCGCUUCCCCCCAUGCCCCCCUAUCCGCCCCCUUCCCCCCAUGCCCCCCUGUCCGUCUGCAGCGGUGUCAGUGGCGCGGUCAGCAGUGAUAGGCGGUGACACGCUGUUAGGGGAGGGCACGGUGGUAGCAGAGAGGGCGGUGGUGCGCGGGUCAGUGCUGGGGGCGCACUGCCUCGUGGGCGAGGGGGCCGUGGUGGAAGGAAGCUACCUGUGGGGCGGCGUCACGGUGGGCGCGGGCGCUGUGGUGCGGCAUGCGGUGCUGUGUGACGGUGUGCAGGUCAUGGCUGGCAGCACUGUGCACCCCGGCUGUGUGCUCUCUUUCGAUGUGUGUGUGCUGCUGCUGGGAUGGCACAUAGGGCAGGGGGAAGGGGGUGGGCAUGUGGGGGCACCAUCAACGCGCGGCUGUGUACUCUCCUUUGAUGCGAGCGUGCUGCUGCUGGGACAGCGGGAGGAAGGGCGUGCUUGGUGCCGUGCAGUCAUGGCAGAGGGGCAAGGGGAUGUGGGGAUGUGGGAAAAUGUGGGGAUGUGGGAAGAUGUGGGGAUGUGGGAAGAUGUGGGGAUGUGGGAAGAUGUGGUGGUGGCAGCCAAUCACGUGGUGCCAGCUGGCACACGCAUAGCGAGGGAGCAGCAGCCGGAGGAGGAAGGGAGCGAUGAUGAGAACACAGAGGGGCAUGGCAUGGCUCCACCUGCAGUGCGCAGGCAGCAGGGCAAGCGAGGUGAUGAGGAGGAUGAGGAUGAGGAGAGAGAAGAGGAUGAGGAGGAGGAGGAGGAGGAGGAUGAGGAGGGAGAGGAGGAGAAGGAGCAGCUAUCAGAUGAAGACGAGGGUCCGUGGGUGCGGGUGGAAAGGCUUUGCCGGGGAAGGGAAGGGAGGGGGCAUGGCAUGGGCACCAAACCCGCCAUCCGUCCGUUCCUCCACCCCCUGUGCCUGGCCCACCUCUACCCCCUUCUUACCCCCCCCUUCCCCUCCCUCCCUCCCCCGCCAUCCUCCCUUCCACCCCCCCGCCCUUCCCCCCGGCAGGUGGGCGAGGGCGGGAGGGGCUUCGCCUGGCCACCCAGAACCCCCGCUGCAGCAGCCGUGGUGCGGCGGCAGUCACUCGCACCAAUCACAGCGCUCGAACUCGCUGAGCUGGCGAGACUGGCGAUUGGACGGGAGGAGGGCGAGGGGGAGGAGGGGGAGGAGGAAACAGGAAGGGAAGGAGGGGCGGCACUGGUGGGAGGGGAGGAAGAGGAAGAGGAAGAGGAAGAUGAGGAGGAGGAGGAUGGGGAGGACGAGUUUAGCAAAGAGGUGGAGGAGAUGUUCAAGCGGGCCGUGGCGGAGGGGGUGGCACAAGACAACGUGGUGCUGGAAGUCAACGCGCUCAACCCCCUCCAUAUCCUACCCUUUGAGCCCCCUCCAUAUCCUACCCUUUCUCUCGCUCCCCUCCUCCCCUCGCCGUCCCUGUCAGGCUGGCAUACAACCAGUCAUACCCUUCCCCCCGACCCCCAUUCUCUCCCCCUCUCUCCCGGCACUCCCCUUCUCCCCCCCACGUCAUCGCGUGCCAGGCUGGCAUACAACCGGUCCUUUGCGGACUGUGCGGGGGCCAUGUUUCGAGGCAUGCUCAACCUCGCGGCCUCGCAAGCUGCCCCCGGGGCACCCACCAGUGAGCGCACCCACCACGUUCCUCGCCUCCCUGCUUUCCCACCCUGCCCUGCCCCACCCCUUGUCCCACCCGCCAAUCUUCCUUGCCCAUCCGUCCCCCCUGUGGAGGUGCUGCUGACGUUCGAGGAGGUGUGCAACGAGGCCCGCCCUGAGUUCGCCCCCAUUUUUGUCAACGUGCUAGAGGCGCUGUACCAUCGGGACAUGGUACUAGAGGCGCUGUACGACAGGGACAUAGUGAGCGAGGAGGCGGUGAUGGCGUGGGCCGAUGAGAAGCAGUUUGCCGACGCCGCUGACAAGGUCUUUGUCGAGCGAUCCGCAGCGUUCAUCAAGCCCCCGUGUUGUGCUGCCCCUACUCUGCCCUUCCCCUGCCCCCUCUUCCCCCAUUCACUGCACUCUUCCACUCCUUCUCUACCUGGCCCCAUUUCCCGUUUUCUUCAUUCCUCUCUCCCUCUUGGCUCAUUCGCCCUUGCCGCUAGCCGUCCUCGUGCCACCACUCCAGUUCACCCCGACCCCAAUGUGCAUGUCCUAAGUUCCUUGCUUUCCCUCUGCUGCUUUUCACCCGCUGCUGCUGCUCCGUCUGCUCUCUGCUCUGCCCUCUCUACUGCUCUGCCCUCUAAUGCUGCACUGCCCCCUCUGCUGCACUGCCCCUUGUGCUGCCUCUCUGCCCUCCACAGUGGCUGA